CUGCUGGCGCCCAUCCGCGCACAGAGCCACUCCCCAGGGACCGAACCCGUUCACCCCGGUGCCACCGGCGCGGGGCGGGGAAGGCUCCGAGGAGCUGCCUCUUGCUCCGGGCGGGUCCCCGCACACCGGCGCUUUCCCUGCCGGCAGGGCCAGUUUCGUUUCCCGCUGGCUCCUCCUCCGCCCGCCUCCCUCCGUUCUGCCGCUGGCCCGGCUCUCUGCUCCUGGCUCCCGGUUCUCUGCUCCAGGCUCCCGGUUCUCUGCUCCUGGCUUUCGGCUCCGGGCUCUCUGCUCCAGGCUCUCUGCUCCCUCCUCCCGGCUCCCUCCUCCCGGCUCCGGCCUCCUUCUCCCUGCUCCCGGCUCCCUGCUCCCGGCUCUCUGCUCCCGGCUCCCGGCUCCCUGCUCCCGGCUCCCUGCUCCCGGCUCCCUCCUCCCGGCUCCCUCCUCCCUGCUCCCGGCUCCCUGCUCCCGGCUCCCUCCUCCCUGCUCCCGGCUCCCUGCUCCCGGCUCCCUGCUCCCGGCUCCCUCCUCCCGGCUCCCUCCUCCCUGCUCCCGGCUCCCUGCUCCCGGCUCCCUGCUCCCGGCUCCCUCCUCCCGGCUCCCUCCUCCCUGCUCCCGGCUCCCUGCUCCCGGCUCUCUGCUCCCGGCUCUCUGCUCCCUGCUCCCGGCUCCCGGCUGCGCUCCGCGAUGCUGGGGCGCUGCGCCCCGGGGUCCCCGCGCCGCCGGCCCGUGCUCCGUGCCCUGCCGCCCUCCGCCAGCGCCCUCCGCCAGCGCCUGCGCCAGUGUGCAGAGCGGAUCCCAGAGGCUGAAGCGGUACUCGACCUGCUGGAGAAAUGCCCAGAGCACCAAAAAAAGGGAGAUUUUCCUGUUAUAGUUUUUGAGGGGCUGGAUGCCACAGGCAAAACCACGGUGACCCAGGCUGUUAAGGACUCCCUGAAGGGCAUCCUGCUGCGGUCCCCACCAGCUUGCAUCAGCCAGUGGAGGACUGUGUUUGAUGAUGAGCCAACACCCAUUAAAAGAGCAUUUUAUGCUGCGGGCAACUACAUUCUGGCUUCAGAGAUAGCGAAGGCAUCCACUCAGGCACCUGUGAUCAUAGACAGAUACUGGCACAGCACAGCUGCCUACACAAUUGCCACUGAAACAAGUGGGAGAGUCCAGGAUCUUCCACCAGCUCAAGAUGAGGUGUAUCAGUGGCCUGAAGAUCUGCUUAAACCUGAUCUUGUUCUUCUCCUGACUGUUGACCCUGAAGAACGAGUCCGGAGGCUUCAGCAUCGGGGGCUGGAGAAAACAAAGGAGGAGGCUGAGCUGGAAGCUAACAGCUUGUUUCGCCAAAGAGUUGAAGAGUCAUACAGAAGGAUGGUGAAUCCUGCAUGCCAAGAGGUUGAUGCCAGCCCGUCCAAGGAAGAGGUUGUUGAGACUGUUCUACAACUAAUUAGGAAACACUGUACUUUUUGAAAGCAGCUUUUGUGCUACUACACAAAAGUUUUUCAAGUAGCACUUAAAAGAUACUUUUUAUUGCCCCAGUGGUUUUGGUACCUGAAAAUGCACAGUGAUGUGUUUUGUCUCACAGAAAUACUGAACACGGUUUUAUUCUGCCAAGUAAUCUGUGCAGGUUAUUUGUUUUGUGGUUGCUACUGUACUUUUCUGCAUAAGGCAAGAUGCUACUCAUGUCUUUCAGCAUUCUUAGUAAAGAAACAAACACACUACAGUCAUACAUGAAGUACCUCAGAGUGCUCUCUGACACCAGGACAUUUUGAGAUGCUGUUAUGUUGCAUCUUCAUCACCAGGAGAACCUGUUCCCCAAUCCAUUAUGUACCAAAAUUUGCUGCACUGCAUCAGGAGCAUUAGAUGCCCAAGGAGAGGCUGAAAUAUCAUCAGCACUAAAACAAUAAAAUGAUGAUAACAUUUAGGAACAAAAAAUCCAGUGCCCAGUUUUGUUUUUAUUUUGAAUGGAAUAAGAACACCUGUUGCUGUGAUGGGCAUCCCGGAAAAAUACAUGUUGUAAAUGAGUGCCAGUAAGCACCAAGGGCUCCUAAGUAAUAAAGUCCAAGCCUGUUUAUAUAUGCAACUGAAAUAUCAAUUAUUUUCAGAGGAAAACCAGACAAUGCCAGCAAAUGAGAAACAGAGACCUGAGGAGUACCCAAAAUUAAAAACUUAUAAAUGAUCACUAAAAGAUUUUUAAAAAAACUUUGUCUCUAUCUUAUCAAUAUUUGUUAAUGAGAACUAGUAUUCUUUUUAGAGAAUGCAAAAUGAAAAUUGCAGAUAUUCUGAGCAAUAGGAAUGAUUGCACCUUUUCAGUUCGUUUUGUCUUUCUUGUGUGGGUGUUUGAACAGGUGUAAUGUGAAAGCAGGAUACAUCAAGACUUCAGGUCUGCAAAGGCUUAUUUUUAUGUACAUUAGUUUAACCAUUGUUACCUCUAAGUGUAAAACUGAACAUAUGGAUAAGCCUUUGUGAGGUCAGAAAAAAUGCCGCAGUUCCAGAAAAAAAAAAUCUUAAAAUGUAAAAUUGAUUUAAAACACUUUUACUUACUUUUCUGUUUUAAGCAAGUGCAAUUAUCAAUGAAUCUGUCCUUUAAAUAAAAAUAUACUCAAUAGUGUAGUUCCUAUAUCCAGUCUAUAUAUAGCAGGUGAUAAAAAGAAAAACUUCAAGUGCAAUUAUCAGUGAAUCUGUCCUCUAAAUAAAAAUAUACUUAAUAAUGUAGUUCCUAUAUCCAGUCUGUAUAUGCCAGAUGAUAGAAAGAAAAACUUGUAAAAAUACAUUUUAUUCAUACACUGUUUAAUGGUUCAGAGUAUAUUAUUAAUAUAUUAUAUCAUUUAUACAUUCUAUAAAUUUAUAAAUUCUAGAAAUAAAUGCUGUUUUGUUUGGUAUAUUAUUUGUAUUUCAGCAGCCUUUGGAUUUGCCAUGUAUGCAGA